AAAGAAAAGAACCGUUUCGUAAUUUAAUAAAGAUUAUUGAGUUACCAUUAUCCCUUUACCUUUUCCUUAAAAGACCAGAAGAGGAUUAUUAACCGACGGCCAGCUGAGGCAUAUUAAUAUAUAGUUACAUUUACAUAUUAACAUAUCAAGAACCGCACCCAAUUUAAUUAAAAUAUAGAAAGGUUAACCAGAAUGGAGAAGAAGUCAAAUUUGUAACAUCCGUUGCAUGCUCAUUACGCGAGUGUGAAACUGUCCAAUGUCCAUGGAGUAGUAUUGUCCCGAUAUGAAUAGUGGAGUGCUAAAUUUCCGAGUGCCAACUGUCAGGAUGCGAAUCAUUUGGGCUCAAAUUAUUUUACAACCUUGUCUGGUUACCUACAACAAAUUUGACAUUUACACGUCAUAAAAUUAUUUUUAUAAUAAUUAUAUCUUCUUUAAUGUCGGAAAACAUCCUAAUAACAACCUACACUUUUCACCAACGACAAUAUUUAAUGAAAUUAAACAGUGCCAAUUGCUUAGAACUCGUUCUAACGGAUAAACAAACUGGUGAAGAAUGGGAAUGUUCAUAUGACGUAGCAUACAUCGAAGAUUUAACACGUAAAACUGGAAAUUUUAAGCAAUUUGAAAUAUUUACAACUAUGUUAAAAUCUGGCUUAUUGAAGACGACCGAAUGUAUAUCAUUAGAUCUUCUGACUUACGAAGAUCUAGAAUCGAUGCGAGUACGCAAAGUUAAGAGCUCCUCCAGAGUGAAUAUGAACAGUAAUAAUCGCCGAUAUCUCAUUGUAACGUACUCAGUUGAAUUUGACAAAAUAAAAUAUCCAAUUCCGCUAGAAUAUUGCGGUCUUCCUGAUCCAGCAAUUUUGCAAGCGACUGUACGAAAGUUGGAGGCGAAAUUAAAGCGUGCAGAAGAAGCUCUUUGUACGAAAAACGAUCACAAUGAACGCAGACACACAAAAACUCUGGAAAGACGAAUAGAUGAACUGACGAUAGAGAACAAUCAUCUCACUGGCGAAGUAAAAAGGUUAGCAAGGCUUCUGAGUAGAAAUCCUAGAAGUCAAGUACAAGAAUUACAAAACGCCAUCAUACAAUUGGAGAAAAGCGUCCAAUUCGAAAGACACUCUCAUCAUAGAUUAGUACAAAAGUUGCAGUCAGAUAAGAUGAUGUUAGCUGACGAGUUAGAACGAUGCAGGAAAUCUGAAAGGGCACUGAGAUGCAAAAUGCAAAUCCCCGUUAAAAAUAACCAGACUAAUAAAAAAAUCAAGAAAACGCCCAAUGUAUACGAUACGAUGGAGUGUAGGAGAAAUAUCACAAAGGCAACUCAAAGAUCAAGAUCUGCUUCUCCAAGACUUAUACGCCAAGACAAGCCAUUUGAUAGCAAUAGAAGGCCGUCGAAACUCCAACCUCAAAGUCGAAGCAGCUCGGCGUCCAGUAAGAAAGAAUUUUGGAAUAACUAUAGUGCGUCAGAGUCCCAAAUACGAAGUAGAGGAUCAUCCCCUUCCUCUAAAAAUCGCGGGAUCGAAUGGCACCGUCUAAUCGUUGUUCAACAAGGGGCAAUAAGAUUGAGAAUCGUUUUAAUAAAAUUUUAA